CUAACCGUUAUAAUCAAACCUAGGCCUUCAAACCUAGGCUUCAACUUUUGCUUGUGAACAAAGAGCCAAAGAACUUCACCAUCACGAGGAUGGAGGAUCCCGAAAGCGAGACAGAAGAAUCAUCUCCGCCUCUACAAGAUACUUGCAUACAAGAAGUUACUGCUCUAUUUCCCGACAUCUGUCUCGACUAUGUCCAGACAAUUGCUGGGCCUCUCUCAUUCGUCCCCCAUGAAGUGAUCAAUCAUCUCCUCGAUCUCCAAGAGUCUGGGCAAGUAUAUCAAAAGGCAAAGCGAUCGAAACAGGCCAUCGGCAAGAGGAAGCGCACAACCGAGGGACAAGAUGACGAAGACGAAGUCGAGAAACUACAGAAUAGACUCUCUGAAGCAAAGCGCAAAUACAGUAACCUUGAAGGACAAGUCAUUGCUCCGAAGAGUACCCAAAUGGCCACUAUCAAGCAAAUGAUCGCAGGAGAUUUCCCACUGGUACCAGUCAAGGUCAUUCAACAAACCCUUUCUGACAACGGAAAUCGCCUUUUCCCAACAUUUAUUGCCAUCAAUACUGCCAUCAAUCAGGCAAGCGACCAUCACCCAUUGCCUUGGAAAUUGAAGAAGACACCCUCAGUGCCGGUACAGCGAUACAGAAAAGAGAGGAUCGACGCGUCCAUACAAACCUGCUCCAACGACUGGGAGAAAGAAUUGAUGAAGGAACUCGAGGCUGCUCGAUUACUGCAGUGGGAUGCAGUUGAAAAGCGUCGAUCAGAAGCAUUGGCCGAGGAGGCCGAAAGGAUGAACCUUGAGUCGGCAGAUGCAAGAGGAGAAGUAACUGAGUGCGGGUGUUGCUUUAUUGAUACUCCGUGGAACAGACUCGUCUAUUGUCAAGGCGAUGAUCCUCACCCUUUCUGUAUCAACUGCGCCCGCCGACACGCAGAGACACAAAUUGGCCUUUCAAAGUACGAACUUGAAUGCAUGUCCAUGAUUGGGUGUACGGCUGGGUUCUCUUAUAGCGAGCGCCAGAAGUUCUUGAAUAAGAAACUGACUGCGGCAAUCGAUCGAAUUGAACAAGAGGCCAAUCUGCGCAUGGCUGCACUACCCGGCCUCGCCAAGUGCCCCUUUUGUCACUAUGCAGAGGAGUACCCGCCAGUUGACGUCGACAGAGAAUUCCGGUGCCGAAACGACGACUGCAAAAUCACGAGUUGCCGGCUUUGUAACUACGAAACACACAUACCGAAAACCUGUCAGGAGGCAGCCAUCGAAAGAGGUGUCGACCUGCGGCGGGAGGUAGAAGAGGCUAUGUCGAGAGCCCUCAUCCGCAAAUGCAACAAGUGCGACACCCCUUUUAUCAAGGAAGAAGGCUGCAACAAGAUGACUUGCACCCGCAAAGGCUGUGGUAACGUUCAGUGCUACGUCUGUUCCAAGUCUUGUGACUAUGAUCAUUUCAACGAUGAGAGGCGAGGUGGCAAGCAAGGCAACUGUCCCUUAUUCGAGAGUGCUGAAGAGCGUCACGAAAACGAAGUCAAUGCGGCUGAAAAGGCAGCUAAGCAGAAGGUUUUGGAGGAGAAUCCAGAACUUGCAUCAGCGCCCGAACUUCUGGAUUUCAACAUGUCUGAAAGGGUCAAGACGGACGAUAUGCGGCGGAAAAACAAGCUUGGACAGAGAUUUAGGGAUCGAGUCAACUUCAUGCCUAUGCCGCCGGUUCUGCCGCUUGAAGGACAAAGGCCGUUUUUCGAUGCUCCACUACAGCAGCCACAGGCACAGCAUGGACCGGCACACAACCCAUACCAUUUUCGUCAAGAAGAUCUCGAUGCUUUAUUGAGGCACCAGGAAGCUCAUGCCCGAGCCCAUGACCACGCCCAAGCCUACGCCCAGCAACUCCACGAUGCCCAUGACAUUCACAAUGCUCGGCGGCGACCAGGGGAACCCCAAAUUCCUCUUGCAUUGGACCGCCUGCAGAACCAAGUCCAUGAUCAGGCACAUAUAGGGAUCCGACGUCGCCUCAAGAAUGCAGUUGCUCGCCUUGGUAAUAGAGUACCACCACCACUUGGACCUCCACCGGUACCACAAGCACAACACAUGGCAGGAAUACCAAUACAAGCACAACAACAGCCCCAGGCUGGAGCGUUCCCAGUGGCACCAGGAGAUCCGGGCCCGGCGAUGCCAGGGCUAAACUUUCAAGGACUGGCAAACUUUGAACCAUUUUACAUGAUGGGGCAACCUGACCCAAUGGAGAAUUGGCGUGGCCCAGGGUAGCGAUGACUGGGCUUAAUGAGAGAAAGGGUUCAGUUGAGAGGACAGACAGGUGCCCUUUUAGAAACUCGACUGUGCAGGGGAUCAAGAGCAACACAGCCAAUGUGACCACCACGUACUCUCUAGCAAGUGGUGCAAGAAGCCUGAAGGCCAGAGAAAUGGGAGCAAAGUUAUGGAUUCAGUAGGGUGUUGCAUGUAUUUUGUGGAAUAGCAUCAUCUCCUUCAUGGACUGCGAAACUGGGGUCUUCGUCAUGUUAUUAGACGGCGUUAAUUUCUUUUAAUGAGAUACUUCCUACCUCUUGAUUGGCAAGU